CCGGAACUGUGAUGUGCAGCCAGCAGAGUUCUCACUCCACACACGACUACAAUUAUUCAUAUGAUUUACUUCAUUUCACACUAGUUUUCCUGUCAUGACGCGCUGGAUUCCCAAUAAGAGAGAGAAAUAUGGAGUGGCCAUCUAUAAUUAUGACUCCAAAGGAGAGCUGGAGUUGAGUCUUCAGGUGGGAGACACAGUACACAUACUAGAGACAUUUGAAGGGUGGUACAGAGGAUACACACUACGGCAGAAAUCACAAAAGGGCAUUUUCCCUGCCAACUAUAUUCAUCUGAAAGAAGCUAAAGUUGAAGGAACCGGCAAACAAGAGACUGUAGUGCCUAUAGAUUUGCCCUUGGUACAAGAGCUUGGCACCACACUUCGAGAAUGGACACAGAUAUGGCACAAACUUUAUGUGAGCAACAAUACCACGCUGUUCCGGAGCGUUCAGCAGAUGGCCUACAGCCUGAUGGAGUACCAUUUGCAGAUCGUGUCAGGCACACUUCCAAACGAUGACCUUGUGGAACUCAAGAAGAAAGUCACAGCCAAAAUAGAUUAUGGGAACAGAAUACUGGGUCUUGAUUUGGUGGUUCGUGAUGAAGCAGGUAACACAUUAGACCCGGAGCACACCAGCACGGUCAGCCUGUUCAGAGCACAUGAGUCAGCAUCCCGUAGUAUUGAUGAGAGGAUACGGGAGGAGAAGAUGCGUCUUCAAAACCUGGAGAAACGGCAUCUGACACUCUCCAGCUGUGUGCACACGUACAGUCUCCUAAUGAAUCUCAAAAACUUUGUAUGCAACAUCGGUGAGGACGCAGAGCUCUUCAUGUCUUUAUACGAUCCUGACAAGUCUGAAUUUAUUAGCGAAAACUUUCUGGUACGGUGGGACAGCACAGGAAUGCCGAAAGAGAUUGAAAAACUGAACAACCUACCAGCUUUUCACGGUGACCUGAGUAGCAGUGACCUCAUUAGACAGCGCCUGUUCCUGGUUUGUCAGAUUAUCCGUGUGGGUUGCAUGGAGCUGAAGGAGGGGAAGAAACACACAGGAGGACUGAGGAGGCCAUUUGGAGUAGCAGUCAUGGAUAUCACUGAUAUUGCCCAUGGAAAAACUGAUGAUGACGAUAAACAGUAUUUCAUCCCUUUUCAACAGAUUGCCAUGGAAACGUACAUCCGUCAGAGGCAGCUAAUCAUGUCUCCUCUAAUACCGUCUCGUGUCAUUGGGGAGAAUGAGCCACUCGUUGCAGUCUUCAACAAGGUCAUUGCUACACGAGAGGUCAACCACAAAGGACAGGGUCUGUUUGUGACCCUAAAACUGCUCCCAGGUGAUGUCUUCCAGGUUCAAAAGGAUUACCCUCAUUUUGUGAAUCGUACAACAGCUAUAGUCAGGAAAAUGGGCUUUCCUGAAAUUAUCCUUCCAGGUUACGUGAGGAACGACAUAUAUGUGACACUGCUACAAGGAGAGUUUGAUCGCGGCAAGAAGAAGACACCUAAAAACGUUGAAGUUAUAUUGAGCGUGUUGGAUGAAGAAGGAAAUCCAAUGGAGAAAGCUAUAUUUCCUGGAGCUGGCUAUGAAGGGAUCACUGAAUAUAAGUCUGUUAUCUACUAUCAGGUCAAGCAGCCCUGCUGGAAUGAGACGGUUAAGGUGGCCAUUCCCAUUGAGGAUGUGUGUCGGUGUCACUUAAGGCUGACCUUUAGGCACAGGUCAUCUCAGGAUUCUAGAGAUAAGUCAGAGAAGCCAUUUGGCAUGGCGCUUGUACACCUGAUGAAGUUAGAUGGCACUACUCUUCCAGAUGGAAAACAUGAUCUCAUCGUCUACAAGGUGGACAUGAAGAAAGCUGAAGAUCCCAAGGCAUAUUUGAGUCUGCCUGGCUCAUAUGCUGAGGUAGAAGAGAAAGAGAGACAGACAGGAAAACCCUUUCAUCAUGCAGGUGUAAUUCCUAUCACCAAGGACAGCUUUCAGAUUGUCACACUUACCUGCUCAACAAAGCUUACACAAAAUGUUGACCUUCUGGGCCUUCUUAACUGGAGAUCGAAUACUGGGAGACUUGGAGAAAUUCUUCAGAAACUCAUGGAUGUGGACGGAGGGGAGAUUAUUAAAUUCCUGCAGGACACACUGGACGCUCUGUUUAAUAUCAUGAUGGAAACCUCAGAUGAGGAAACCUAUGACACUCUAGUUUUUAAUGCCCUGGUCUUCAUCAUCUCACUGAUCGGCGAUGUAAAGUUUCAGCACUUUAAUCCAGUUUUGGAGACCUACGUAAACAAACACUUCAGCGCAACUCUGGCAUACCAAAAGUUGACCAAAGUGUUGAAUUAUUUUGUGGGCCACGCUGAAGACCCAGCUUAUACAGAGCUACUCUACGCUGCCUUAAAAGCCUUCAAGUACCUUUUUCGUUUCAUUGUACAGUCUCGGGUUCUCUAUCUGAGGUUUUAUGGAAAAAGUGAAGAUGGAGAGCAGUUUCUUGACUCCAUUCGCACCCUCUUUCUGUCUAUCAGCAAUCUGAUGGACAGACCUCUGGAUGAAGGCGUUAAGAUAAAGGGUGCAAUCUUGAAAUAUCUACCUACCAUCAUUGAUGACUUACAGAAGGUGUUUGAUGCUGUAGAGCUUAGUGUUCAGCUGGCAAAGUUUAUCGAGAGUAUCCCAGAUUUUCAGAUGGUCAGACAGAAGCUUGGCUGUCUGGUGAAAGUUGUCGAAAGCAACCUUUUCAAACAGCCAGACUGUCGAGAUGUUUUGUUGCCCCUGAUCACAGACCAGCUGAGUGGGCAGCUGGACGAUCACUCCAAUAAACCUGAUCUUGAGGCCUGUGUACAGCUGCUGAGCACUGUACUGGACAUGCUUGACCGCAAAAAUGUGGGUCCCACGUCCGGUCAUGUGAAGUUAAUUGUGGACCGUCUCUUGCGGAGGGUCAACCGCACUGUCAUCAGCCUGAGUUUAGACUCGUCUUUCAUAAGCCACUACCUAGCGUGCAUGACUGCUAUUCUGAAACAAAUGGAAGACGCACACUAUGCGCAAUACAUCAGCACCUUCAAAACCAGACAGGACAUUAUCGACUUUCUAAUGGAGACUUUCAUCAUGUUCAAGAACCUGAUGGGGAAUGUGUUUCCUUCUGACUGGAUGAUCAUGAAUCUUCUCCAAAUGAAGGUCAUUCUGCGGGCGAUAGACCAGUACUCUGAUGUUCUCAAUAAGUACUUUAUGGACGCCGCUCACUUCCACUUUCAGCUUUGGAACAACUACUUUCACUUGAUAGUUGCUUUCCUUACCCACAAGUCAUUGCAGCUGGAGUCGUUCUCUCUCGAGAAACGAAACAAAAUUCUCAACAAGUACGGGGACAUGCGGAAAAGCAUCGGCUUUAAGCUUGGAGAUAUGUGGUACAAUCUUGGUCUACAUAAGAUGAAGUUUAUCCCUGCAAUGGUGGGACCGAUCCUGGAGGCAACGUUAGUCCCUGAGCCCGAACUGAGGAAAGCCACCAUCCCCAUUUUCUUCGACAUGAUGCAGUGUGAAUACCAUUGUAGUGCCAACCACACCUUUCAGAUGUUUGAGAAUGAGCUAAUCACAAAACUUGACCAGGAGGUCGAAGGAGGCUCCGGCGAUGAACAAUACAAAAUUCUUCUGGAGAAAACUCUGUUGGAGCACUGUCGGAGGCACAUGUACCUGUCUCAGCCCGGUGAGGCGUUGGCUCUGCUCUUGAGCAGUCUACUGGAGAACUUGCUGGCCUACCGCACCAUCAACCACGAUGAAAGCCCUGAACUCCGCAUGAGCUGCACUGUCAAUGUCCUGAACUUUUACAAAGAAAAGAAAAGGGAGGAUAUUUAUAUCCGGUAUUUGUACAAACUGCGUGACCUACAUCUGGACUGUGAGAACUACACUGAAGCUGCCUACACCCUGCUGUUGCAUGCAGAACUGUUGGAGUGGUCAGACAAGCCAUGUGCACCCCACCUGAUCCCACGGGACGGAGCUCAGGGUUGGACCCAACAGGAGCUGAAGGAAAGACUUUUUCAUGACAUCAUGUGCUAUUUGGACAAGGGCAAAAUGUGGGAGAAGGCCAUCGAGAUGGCCAAGCAACUUGUUAAACUUCACGAGGACCAAAUGUUUGAUUUCUUGGAGCUCAGUCAGCUACUGAAACAGCAGGCACAGUAUUAUGAGAACAUCAUGCAUGCUAUGAGACCUCAGCCUGAAUAUUUCGCAGUGGGAUAUUACGGUCAGGGUUUCCCUUCCUUCCUCAGGAACAAAAUGUUCAUUUACCGUGGUAAAGAGUACGAGUGGCUGGAGGACUUUAGCCUAAAACUGAUGUCACAGUUUCCCAAUGCUGUGAAGAUGACCAGCACAUCGCCCCCUGGUGACAACAUCUAUAACUCACCCGGACAGCAUAUUCAGUGUUUCACAGUGAAGCCGGUGCUCAACUUACCUCUGCAGUUCAAGGACAAGGGGCUUCCUGAACAAAUCCUCAAUUACUAUCGGACGAACGAGGUGGACAAGUUCCAGUAUUCAAGACCAUUUAGGAAAGGAGAAAAAGAUCCUGACAAUGAGUUUGCCACCAUGUGGAUUGAAAGGACCACCUUCAUCACGGCAUACCGAUUCCCAGGAAUCCUCAAAUGGUUUGAAGUGAAAUCUAUGUCUGUGGAAGAAAUCAGCCCUUUGGAUAAUGCCAUAGAAACCAUGGAGCUGGCCAAUGAGAAGCUGAGUAAUCUGGUACAGCAGCAGGCAUGUGACCGUUCUCUGUCUGUACACCCCCUCUCCAUGAUGCUCAACGGGAUUGUCGACCCGGCUGUCAUGGGUGGCUUUUCCAACUAUGAGAAGGCGUUUUUCACUGAGGCCUACAUGAAGAAGAACCCAGACCACCUGGAGCUCAUUGAUGUCUUAAAACACCUUAUCGCACUGCAGAUCCCACUGCUUGAUGAGGGGAUACAGAUCCAUGGGGAGAAAUCAACGGAGCAGCUCAAACCUCUGCACAACAGACUCGUGGCCUGCUUCCAGGAUCUGCGUGCUAAAGUAGAGAAGCUCUAUGGCGUCAUUACCCUACCCUGCUCCCUGACAGAAAAAAAGAAGAGUCGUGUGGGGUCAGUGGUGAUGCCGUACAUCAUGUCUUCCACGCUCAGACGGAUGUCCACCAUCUCAAACGCCUCCUCUGGACACUCCAGCGGCUCGGGCUCCUCCGACGGGAACUCCUCUAGACCGGUCUCCCAGGCUUCACUGCUCUCCCGCGUGAGUGACAGCAGGGUGUCUGUUCUGUCUCGCUCAGAGGAAGAUAAUCGGAUCAGUAAGAAAAACAGGAAGGAGUGGAGCAUGAGCAGGUCGCAGGUCUUACCGGAGCGAGCUGCUGACAGAGACGAGAUUCCUCCAGAGAAGCAGCCAAGGCCUAAGAGUCUGAAUAUAGGGGACCGGAGACUCACACUGUCACUUUUUCAUGGAGAAUCAUCAAUUCUAAGUUUACACAACCAACUCAGCCCUCUGCCCGCCUCACCACACACACCACGCAGCUCCAGUUAUACAUGUCUUCCAAACGAGAGUGACUACAGCAUGCCUGACAUCAGAAGCACCCCUCCUCCCAGGCCCCCCAAGAAACACCCCCAUGAUAGCGAGAAUGUGUACAACUCUACCUCCGAGUUGACACCUCCGUUACCAAUGAAAGUUGAAAACAAGCCACCGCCUCCCCCACCCAAAACACGCAAGUCCAUGUUUUCCAACUAUGAGAGCAAUCCACAAUAAAGACACUCUGAUUCUCCUCUGGUCCAGAACAGAUUCCAGCAGUACCCAUGUCUCAAAUCUUUGUGAUUUACAAGGGUUUGGUUUAUGGAGAAACGGUACUUGUUCCUCCUUUUGAAAGUUCUGAUCUGAGAGUUUAUUGUUCUCAUCAUGUAUAUCUGGGUGUACUAAUUAAAUAUGAUAAUUCAUUUUUGUAGCAAAACUGCUGUCUCACCAUGAUAUGACAUCAUUUCUCUUCAUGUGUGGAAAUAAACCUCUAGUGGGUAUUUAUUCUUCUCUGCUGGGCAGAAAGUUGACCAAACGUUUGUUUGUUGAAUGUUAACAUUGGCCUCACUUCCAUUGGACAGCAUUAGUUUAUCCAAAUCUGUAUUUGUGCCUUAUAAAUAGAGAUAUUUAAAGUUAUUGUGGCUACUGAAGCAAGAAAUGUAAUGCUUUUACUUCCAUGCACAUAUUCACUUUGCACAUCACUCAUAAUGGAGUUGUCAACACUCAAGCGCCUUAAAUAUGAUCUAGGUACAGCAUGGUUAAGUUCUGCUUUCUGCAAGGGUACAUUUCAGUUUGGAACUACAUUAUACUUUGAAACAGUCUAGACGAUCUUAGUUCCAAUUAGUCUUACUUAAAGUUUGCUUUUUAAAUUACCUCAAGUCUAAAUGUCACAUUUCAUAGUGCGUGCACUGUAUGGAAAGCAUAUACUGUAUUUUCUUUCCCUUUAUUUGAUGUGUUAGAACUACAACUGCACAUUCAGAUAUGUUAAAUUACUGUUUGUAUUGUUUUUGAAUGGAACACUCCAGUUGUGAAUUUGUUGGUUUGUACAUGACAGGAUCUGCACAGUUACAGUUCACAUGUUAACAACUACUGUACAUUGGGUUUGUCAGUUUUGAACAUAGUUCUGUAUUAAACCAUGAAAUUAUCAGAACAAAUGUGAUACUUCUAGAAAAAAACAGAACAAUGUUUUUAAAAGGGAUUGCAGGUGUAAAUGUUGGAGUCUUUACAGAAUUAUUUAAACUUGAAAUUGUAUUGUGAGGUUUAUAUUAAUGUUUUUUUUUUAAACAAAAAUAGAAUCUGUAAGUAUUCUUGCCUACAUCGAUCAUUCAAAAUCUGAACAAUUUGUUUUCUUUUUUAUUCAGUAUAGUAAAUGAAUCUGUUUUUAAGAGCGUUGUUGUUUAGUUUUCCCAUCAGAGUGGGGUGUUUCUGGCAAGGAUAAACCAGUGAUACCCAAUGAAAAACAACCAAUCCAAAAUGGUGUUAAUUAUUUACUUCAAUUUAAAUAAAAGUGCCAAAACAAAUGCUGAAUAAAACUGUUUACUAGUGUUUCAACAAUAGAGAAUAAAGGUUUUAUUGUCAUUCAUUUUCAGUAAAUGAACUUUUUUUUUUUAUGUAAAUUUUGUUGGAAAACGGAAAUAAACUGGAUAAUUAAAAAAUACAUGCAGAUUAUAUUUUAAACAAUCAGAACUGUUGCUUAGAUUUUCUAUAAAAUUUCUAGCAUUUGUGGAUAAAAUCAGUUAAUUAAAUUUGCUGAAAAAGUUUAAACUGUAUAAAGUUCUCAGCUAACGUAAUCACUUUGGUUAUACUUACCCUAAAUGAGUUUUCUUAACUUAAUAGAUAAACAUACAUGAAUUAUACUGGGAAUCUACACAUUUUUGUGUUAAAAUACUUUUUUGGGUCACUGUGUAUUUUCUACCUGUAUUUAAAGAGAUUUAAUUUAAUUUUAAUAUGGUUUAUUAAAACUGUCUCUGUAGCUCUUUCAAAACAUUGCUAUUUGUUUGGGUAUCUCCACAAGCCUAACAUGUCAAAUUCUAACUCAACCAAUAGCGUGACUGGGCAUGACUGCCUAUUUGUUCGACCAAUGGCAGAUGGAGGGAGUGAUUGGGAAAACCUGUAUGAAAUCAGUCAUUAAUUUUGCAAUUCCAUGUGGUGGCACAAAAAUGACACCUUCACCUUUAAAUUGUUAUACCCUCCUUGAGUGUCUCUGGCCCCUGGCUGUUAGGUAAUAACUGGUCAUCUAAGUGAGUUUACUGUGCCUAAGGAUGACAUUGUACUCUUGACAUCUGUUCUUUUAUUGGACUGAAAUGGAGGUCUUGGGUGCGAGUCGACACAGCGGCAGAUCAAAGCUUGUUUCCGAUCCUCCAGCUAGAGAUUAGAGAGUGAGUUUUUUCUCCUGCGAACAGAUCUUUCUGUUUGAAAUGUACACUUUUCUCUGUUGUGAUGUGUGAUAUAUAUGAGCCGAUCAAAGUCAAGGAUCCUCGAGAUCAGAAUGCGGCCAUGGCUCUGUGAAGUGUUAAAAACAAAUAUCCUUUCUGAAUUCAUUUUUAAUUCCUAUGUAGUGAGGUGCAAAUAUCUGAGAACAUAUUGAAAAGAGUUAAGACUAUCAAGAAGUUUUCAG